GGACCCGGGGCCGCCUGCGCGGGGCAGCGCGGCUUCCCUGGCUCCCGCCGGUAGCCGCAGGUGUGUCUUGAAGUCCCACAGACUGCCCUGGAGGUGGGGUGGCUGGAUUGCUCCCUGGGCUCCAAAUCGCUGGAUCCCCCUCUGCACUCCAACUCCCUGCCUGGUGGGACCUGGCUUGUAGGGGCCUUCAGCUCACCUCUGGCUGUGGUGGCAGCCCUCUCCCAGUUCCAAGCAGCCUUGGUUGAAGCAAAGAUUCUUAAGCUCUGUGAGUAAAAAUAAUCUUGUGUUUCCAGUUCACCAUGGCUUCUGCCUCAAGCACUGGCUCUCCUGAAUGGCUCCCUCUUCUGUUUCCUGUUGUUGCAGUGGACUUACUUCUGGGAGUGGUACCGGUUUAAAGUUGAAAUCCAAGAAGCUGCUUGAGAUUCUGAAUGCUCUGGAGGAGGAAUGUGGCUACAGCAAAGAGGAGAUCUUCAUUGCCCCACCUGAUAAUGCUUCAGGGGACUUCACUGACGAGGAUUCAGGUGAUGAAGAUGGCUGGCAAGAUGCCCACCUGCCUGGCAGUAUGCUGCAUGCCUCGGUUGUGCCUGAGGAUCCCAGCCCUGGGAAAGAUGAGGUUGACCUGCAGCUACAGCCAGCCACAAAGAGACUGAAGGCAAUAGUUGAACCUCAGCGUGUCUGGACCAAAAGAGAUAUCCAGCCAGACUUCAGCAGUUGGACAGCAUCAGAUCCUCACAUGGAGGAUCUCAAAAGUCAGGAGCUGAGUCCUGUAGGCCUCUUUGAAUUGUUUUUUGAUGAAGGAACAAUUAAUUUCAUCGUUAAUGAAACCAAUAGAUAUGCUUGGCAGAAAAAUGUCAACCUGGGUCUCACCAUCCAGGAACUGAAGUGUGUCUUGGGUAUUUUGAUUUUAAGUGGGUAUAUCUCUUAUCCAAGAAGAAGGAUGUUUUGGGAAACAUCUCCUGAUUCACAUCAUCAUCUUGUGGCUGAUGCAAUUAGAAGGGACAGAUUUGAACUGAUCUUCUCAUACCUGCAUUUCGCAGAUAACAAUGAGCUGGAUGAAAGUGAUAGGUUUGCCAAGGUCAGGCCUCUCAUUGUCCGAAUGAACUGCAAUUUCCAGAAGCACGCUCCCUUAGAAGAGUUCUACAGCUUUGGUGAGUCCAUGUGUGAAUACUUUGGCCAUCGGGGUUCCAAGCAACUGCGUAUGGGGAAGCCCAUGUGCCUCGGCUACAAGAUCUGGUGUGGGACCACCAGCACUGGCUAUUUAGUGUGGUUUGAGCCUUCACAAGGCACAUUGUUCACCAAACCAGACAAGGGCUUGGAUCUAGGAGGCAGUAUGGUGGUGAAGUUUGUUGAUGCGCUUCAGGAGCGUGGCUGUCUGCCAUACCACAUAUUUUUUGACAAGGUUUUUACAAGUUUCAAACUGAUGUCCAUUUUGAGGAAAAAGGGGAUAAAGGCCACAGGAACUGUUCGUGAGUAUAGGACUGAGCAUUGCCCCCUUAAAGAUCCCAAAGAACUGAAGAAAAUGAAGAAGGGAACAUUUGAUUACAAAGUUGAUGAGUGUGAUGAGAUUAUUGUGUGUCGCUGGCAUGAUAGCAGUGUGGUCAACAUCUGCUCUAAUGCUGUGGGCAUAGAGCCUGUGGGGCUGACCAGCCAUCACUCAGGAGCAGCCAAAACACGGACCCAGGUCCAUCAGCCAUCUCUGGUGAGGUUGUACCAGGAGAAGGUAGGAGGUGUUGGUCGGAUGGACCAGAAUAUCGCCAAGUACAAGGUGAAGAUCCGGGGCAUGAAGUGGUACUCAAGCUUCAUUGGCUAUGUCAUUGAUGCCGCCCUCAACAAUGCAUGGCAGCUGCAUCGGAUCUGUUCCCAUGAUGCCCAGGUGGACCUGCUGGCCUUCCGGAGAUAUGUCGCCUGUGUGUACCUGGAGAGCAAUGCGGACACAUCAUCCCAAGGGAGGCGAAGCAGGCGCCUGGAAACUGAGAGCCGUUUUGAUAUGAUUGGACACUGGAUCAUCCACCAGGAAAAGAGGACCCGGUGUGCCCUCUGCCACUCACAGACCAAUACCCGCUGUGAGAAGUGCCAGAAGGGAGUCCAUGCCAAAUGCUUUAGAGAGUAUCACAUCAGGUGAUGCCUGAAUGUGCCUGUGGAUGUUUGUUUUAUGAAUUGUAAUACUUGUGUUAUUUUUGUGUAGGGAAAAACACACCUGGGUACCUGAUGAUUUGGUUUUAUAUUUUCUCCCCACCUUCAUUACCAUUAUAUUUUCAUUGUCCUUAAUUAUACUUCCUUGUCAUUUAAAUUAAUAUUUAUUUUUAAUAUGUUAAAUCUGUAUUUUAUACUUUAUUUUAAUUUAUGGGCCCCUUUUUAUUCAAAUAGACAAACAGAUAUAACCAAAAACUUUAGAGAAACUUAUGUGAACAAUAAAAGACUUUUAAGCUUGUAUGCUAUUGAUUACAAUCUAAGAUAUAGGUAACAGUUUAUUAAUAUUGUAUAAAUAUGAUGAAAGAUAAUCUGCAUCAUAUUUACUUCUUUGUGUGUGUGUGUUAAAGUUUUCAACAUUCUUGUUCAUUUUUUCACAUUAUAGCUUUUUCCCUCCAGGUGUGGUCACCAUAGAUUUCCCACCACCAAAAUGCCCACAAUCCUGUACCACCCUGUACCAAGCUUUCUCUACUUUCUCCUUUUCCACCCCUACCCCUCCUGAGUGUCUCAGAUCUGUAUUCUCUUUUCGAGGAUCAGUCUUACAACUUGUCUUUGUCUGAUCUUUUGUUUGGCUUCUCUAGAUUCCACAUAUAAGUGAGCCAUCCAAUAUUACUUAGAAUAAUCCCUUCCAGCUCCAUCCAUGUUGUCACAAAUGGCAUGAGUUUAUAAUUUUUGAUCACUGAGUAGUAUUCCAUUGUGUACAUGUACCACAUCUUCUAGACCUACUUAUCUGUUCUGGGCAUUUAGGUUGUUUUCAUAUCUUGGCUUUAUAAAUAGUGCUGCAAUAAACAUAAGCAUGUAGGUUUCUUUGUGAAUGAGUAUUUUUGUGUCUUUGGGUAGAUACCUAGG